GCCGUAUCAGCAUCGUACAUCUGUGUAUCAACCCAAUCCAGCCUUCCACAUCCUUUGCACUCGCCUCGGUUUGUUGGGCGGCAGGUCUACUACAAUUUAACGUAGUUGUGUCGCUAAGCUUAGUGCUACCUGCAGUGCCUCCGAGACACUCGGUCGUGGAUUUCUUUUCCGACUAGCUAAGAUGGCUGCCCGGCAUGCUAUUGGACAGGGACUUUCCCUGCUAGGACUUGCAGGCCCUGCAGGCUCUGCUCUAUCCGGGCAAGCGGCUCGGUUCAUUAGCACCUCAGCUUUUCGCUUGUGGCCAGAUGUUGUGGUGCCGCCUAUGGGAGAGUCCAUUAAGGAGGGCUCCAUUGCGGCGGUGCUUAAGCAGGUGGGCCAGCCGGUCCGCGAGGACGAGAUCAUCGCCCAGGUAGAGACGGACAAGGUGACCAUUGACGUCAGGGCGCCCUCCGCCGGCGUGCUGCAGCAGGUGCUGGUGAAGCCGUCGGACACGGUCGUAGCGGGGCAGCUGGUGGCUGUCGUGGCCGCCGGGGCCACCGCCGCUGCUCCGGCUCCCGCCGCGCCAGCAGCCGCUGGUGCUGCUCCCGCUGCUGCCGCCUCCUCCUCGGGGCGCACCCCCAUGAUUAAGUUCCCUCAGCGGAUGACUGCCCAGGGUGAGCGGAUCAGCGACCUGCCGGCAGGGCAGUACGAGGCGGCGCUGGCAGCGGCCACCGGGGCGAAGCCAGAGGCACCGCAGGCGCCCGUUGCCACUCCCGCUGCGCCAGCCGCUGCGGCAGCCCCCGCACCGGAGGCGCCGGCGGCGCCGGCAGCUUCCUAUCCCAUGCCGGCGGCCAAGGCUGCGCCGCCUCCUAACAUGAAGAACCGUCUGUCGUACGUGACGCGGCCUGACGGCCGGGGUGGCCCCCCGCGCCGCCCCCUGACGGCGCGUGAGCUCGAAAUGAUCAACCUGGGUGGGGCGUACUAGGCAUGCGCCGAGCCAGGUUUUGAAUGGCGUGAUGCAGGUAUGUCACGGUGUUGAGGCUUGGGUGCGAAAAGAAAUGGGUGAACGGUGAAUGUCAGUCUGAUAGGUUGUAUGCUUGGGGUUUGGUUCCGUGCAGCAUGCUUGGGCUGCUGUGGUGACGUGUUUUGUGGACUGUCAAACAAGCGCGGGCUGACUGUGAGUUUGUGGCGUCGAACUGCAGGCGGGUGGUCUCAGCACGGGGUGUUUGUUGCUAUCCAUUGCUUGCCACGUUGCGUGAUCUUGCUUAUGUAUGAGGCUGGCUCGUCGUGACUGGAAUGUUUGGCCGCAGCUUUAAGCGGCCUGGGGUGCUCCAUGCCUUCCUGUGAUACGGUGCGUCAACGGCCUGGAAGGCAUGGGUCCCAAAGGCUUAACAACUUGCUAGGAAGGAAGCGUUGUUUGGUUGCUUGUUACCAUGAUGGUUUAGUUGUGGGAGCAGUUGUAUGAUGGUGAUGAGGUGUUUGCGUGGACUCUUUUGUAGCAGCUACAGUGGCUGUGGCGGCCGGAAGGCUUAUGGAAUGGCGGUACCUGCCAACGGGUGAACGAGCUGGAAGGAGACGGGCCGUGCCCCUGUGCACUUUGCUAGGGCUACAGAUCUUGUUUUGCUAGUUUUGUGUCGGAGCAUGCCGUGCUUGGUAGCCCGGGGGGCAUUAACACAGGCGGAGAUGUAACGGACUUAGCGUGUCGAUGUAAGUGCACCUCCAGGUGGGUGCAGCUGCGUGUCGGUUGGUUUGUUGAGCCAUGGGGGUGUAGAGGAGGAAGCCGAGCUCCCCAAACCCCGAACAUACUCCGGAACUAAUGACUGCCUGCAGUGUUCCGGUGAAGCCACACUGGAGUAUGGACAACUUGACGCAAGCACUGAGGCAGUCAGGUGCACAAUGGCUCUUCAAACUGACAAAGGCACCCUUAAAACGGUAUAGGAUAACCUAGAUCAGUUGGCUAUAUGCAGUUAUGGGCAUGUUACUUAGAGAAGAGUUCAUAAGGAGUAGAUGCCGCACAGCGAACGGUUGCUCCGGCCUGAAAGGCUUAAGCGGAAGGCAUAAAAGUUGUCCUGAAGCUGCCCCAAACUAUGACUGGGUUGUAACUGGCUUAGUAUUUAAGACGGUUGGCAUGUCCAGAUAAGGUGCCGUACGGCUUGCAACAAUAAACACUAGGCGACCGCCCAAGCCUUAGGUAGUAUCGUUGACAAAAUACAGCUACAAAGAUGGCAGCCAUGAUGAUGCGCCAAAAGGUUGCGGGUGCCGUCGCUGGCGAGCGCCGCGCUAUGGUUGUCCCCAAGGUGGGCCGCAUAGCGACUCCUGUGGUGGUUGCCGCGGCGAACGCUUGCGCCUUCAAGGGUGCUGCGGUGGCCGCCCGUGUGAAGCGCUCCGCUCGCGCUUCCCGCGCACAGUCGCGGCGUACAGCUGUCAUGACUCAGGCUAAGAUUGGGGAUAGCCUUGCUGAGUUUCUUGUGGAGGCUACUCCCGAUCCUAAGCUGCGUCAGCUGAUGAUGAGCAUGGCUGAAGCUGUUCGGACCAUCGGCCACAAGGUUCGCACCGCAUCGUGCGCUGGCACUGCCUGCGUGAACAGCUUCGGUGAUGAGCAGUUGGCUGUGGACAUGGUUGCGGAUAAGCUGCUGUUUGAGGCCCUAAAGUACUCGCACGUGUGCAAGCUCGCCUGUUCCGAGGAGGUUCCGGAGCCGGUCGACAUGGGCGGGGAGGGCUUCUGCGUCGCGUUCGACCCGCUGGAUGGCUCCUCCAUCGUGGACACCAACUUCUCCGUGGGCACCAUCUUCGGCGUGUGGCCCGGGGACAAGCUCACCAACAUUACGGGCCGCGAGCAGGCCGCUGCCGGCAUGGGCAUCUACGGCCCCCGCACCGUCUUCUGCAUCGCGCUCAAGGACUGCCCCGGCUGCCACGAGUUCCUGCUGAUGGACGACGGCAAGUGGAUGCACGUCAAGGAGACCACUGAGAUCGGCGAGGGCAAGAUGUUCGCCCCCGGCAACCUGCGCGCCACCUUCGACAACCCCGCCUACGAGCGGCUCAUCAACUAUUAUCUGGGAGAGAAGUACACGCUGCGCUACACCGGCGGCAUGGUGCCGGACGUCUUCCAGAUCAUUGUGAAGGAGAAGGGCGUCUUUACCAACGUGACCUCGCCCACCACCAAGGCCAAGCUCCGCAUCCUGUUUGAGGUGGCGCCGCUGGCCCUGCUGAUGGAGAAGGCGGGCGGUGCGUCCAGCUGCGACGGCAAGUGCGUGUCGGCUCUUGACAUCCCCAUCCUCAACUGCGACCAGCGCACGCAAAUCUGCUACGGGUCCAUUGGAGAGGUUCGGCGGUUCGAGGAGUACAUGUACGGCACCUCACCCCGCUUCAGCCAGGUGACUGCCUAGACCUGGAUGGGAUACCUGGACGGAGUGACAUAUUGAUCGCUAUACCUAACGGCCUCAGGCAAUGCGAUUACUGUACAGUUCAUGCGCUAUGGUUUUAUUGUUGGGGUGCAUUCCCGUUAGGUAUGCUGGCGCCGGGUGAAUAAGCCGAGGCAUAAUCAUCGCCAUGUAUAUUAUGGCAUGUAUGGCUUUCGCAAAGCCGUUUUUGACGCGAGUGGUGACGAGUGUUGGAGGAGGGAGACGUUUUCCUAUCUACGGGCAGGUGAUACUGGCUGUGUACUUUGAGCGGAGGCGGAGCGAUUGCAAACCUAUUGGGCAUGAUGAGUGGACGUGAAGGAUGUGCUGUACGACUAAGAGGCUCGGA